AUGCACUCCAUACUCCAUGACAAAGUUCAUUGUGACGUAACGUGUAAGGUGGAGUCCAUCUACUUUACUCCUGGUAGUGUGAAUGAGAUACUGCAGCUUGGCAGGUCAUUUCCGCCCUCUCGUUGCAUCUGCUGGCUACAGCAAUCUGCAGAGAACGAGCUCGCAGGAGAUGUCGUUGUUGGGUAUCUGCUGAAACACUCUGCAAACAUUGCUGCUGUUAACAGUGACGGUGAUGUUCCCCUAGACCUAGCUGAAGAUGACUGCAUGGAGACUCUGCUCCGUGCAGAAAUUGAAAAGCGAGGAAUAGACACAGUGUUAGCCAAGAGGGAAGAGGAAGAAGUGAUGCUCCAGGAUGCCCGCCAGUGGUUAAACGGAGGCAAGAUAGAAGAUAUUCGGCAUCCGAAGACUGGAGCUAGUGCUCUUCAUGUGGCAGCAGCCAAAGGCUAUAUAGAAGUUAUGAGGCUUUUGCUUCAGGCCAAUUUUGACCCCAAUGUACGAGAUAAAGAUGGCUGGACUCCUCUUCAUGCUGCUGCUCACUGGGGAGUGGAAGAGGCGUGUCGACUCCUUGUGGAACACUUCUGUGACAUGAAUGCACUCAAUAAUGUGGGUCAGAGGCCUUGCGAUGUGACUGAUGAAGAGAUUGUUAGUCUUUUAGAAGAGCUGCAGAAGAAGCAAGAAGAUUUACGAAGUGAAAAAGAGGCAACUUUGAAACGGGCCAUUAUUGACACUGGCACAGAACAACCACUAGUAAAUACAAGCAAACAUAGGAGGAGUUCUGUUUGUCGAAUGAGCAGCAAAGAAAAGAUCUCUGUGCAAGAUCAAUCAAAGGAGAGGAAGACAUUAGGCACUAUAACGGUUGGUGGUGAAGAGGACUCUUCCAGUUCAGAAGAGGAAACUGAAUUACCCAGUGGGCUGGCCUGUAAAUGUGCCCUGUCACCAGACACUGUGUGGCACUUUGUGCAGUGUGUGGUCAGCCGCAGGGUGUUUUCAGGUCCGGGACCGUGGUCCAUUAAGUGGAGCCCUGACCUUGAACAGAUUCUAAGGAGAUAUACUCACCUGGAAGGCGAUGCUUGUUUUCUAUAUCUCACAUGA